AUGUCGUCCACCAGCAACGCCUCCAUUGACAAGUUCAACGGAGACAAUUACGCAACGUGGAGCCGGUACAUGCGCGGUGUGUUUUUGACGAAGUCCGUCUGGCACGUCGUCAACCGUGAAGUGACUCCGACUUUCACCGACCCGCGAGCGUCCGAUGACUACGUCAAGGCAAGCAACGUCGCGUUUGGUAUGAUGCUGCUGCACAUGAACGCGGACUACCAUCAUGUGCUGGACAACUGCGAGGAAGCCUGGGUUGCGUGGACAAGUCUGAAGACGCUGUACGGUGGGUCGCAGAAGGCAGGACGCAUCUACCUCAAGCGACAACUUUUCAGUAUCAAGAUGGCUGAAGGCGCGAACGUCAUGCAUCACUGCAACGAGGUCCUCAACAUCUCCGCCAAGCUUAGCGGCAUCGGUGCGAAGAUGGAAGACGAAGACGUUGCAAUUUGUCUGCUACUCAGUCUUCCGAAGAGCUACGAAAAUGUGGUGCUCAACAUGGAAAUGAGCAGCACCGAGCUUCGCACUCAAGAUGUGGUGAGAGUCCUGACGAAUGAGCAUGCCAAGCGUCAAGGAGAAAAAGGGACAACAACAGCGACGAUGGUCAAGAGUGAAGAUGCAGCCAAGGCCUUCAACACUGAGCGGGAGCCAUACAAGUGCAUCUACUGUGGCAAGGUGGGACACACGGUGGAUCGUUGCUGGACAAAGCAGAAGAACGAAGGUCGGGGAGCCCGACGCGGCGGCAAUGGUCGUGGACGCGGGGCUAACAAUGUCCAUGGUGCAACGCACCACAUUUGCCACGACAAGACCAAGUUCGCAAAUUUGGCAGAGCGCAAUGAGGGCGAACUCUUGGUGGCUGAUGGCAACAAGGUGGCCAUCAAGGGUGUGGGAACCAUCAUGGAAAAGGUGGUUCUGCCCAACGGUGAAGAGCGUGAGAUCGAAAUCAAGAACGCUCUAUAUGUUCCAAGUAUGAGCAAGAACCUGCUCUCGGUGCCACAGAUUAACAGCCAUGGCAAGUUUCAAGUCGUGUUUGACGGGUCCAAGAUGUAUGUGACUCUCAAGAACUCACAGCAAGUGGUGGCGACAGCGGAUCUCGUGGAUGGACUCUACUGGCUUCGGACGACUCAACGAUCAGCGAAUGUGACAACAAGUGGAACCAGUUGUGCCGAUCUACAUGCGAGAAUGGGUCAUGCUCCAGUCGAUGUACUUCGCAAGAUGAUCGCGACCAACAUGAUCAAGGAUGUGCGAGUCCCUCUCAAGUCGGGUGGAGCAACUACAUGUCGAGGAUGUCAACAAGGGAAAAUGGUCCAAAAACCAUUUCCAAGCAACCGAGACAAGCGCAGCUACGAUACGUUUGAGCUACUUCAUCUGGACAUCUGCGGGCCCAUGGAAAAGGAUUCGCUCGGUGGCAGCAAAUAUUUGCUGCUGAUCAUCGACGAAGCCAGUGGAUGCAUGAAGGGCUUUUGUCUACGAGUGAAGUCCGAGAGUGAAGACUACAUCCGGAAAUAUAUCACCAUGGUACAGACGCAAUUCUGUAAGAAGGUCAAGUUCGUGCGACACGACGGAGCUCGCGAGUUUGCAACCAACUCGCUUCAACUGUUCUACGAAGACGAAGGCAUUGAACAGCAGACAACGGUGCCGUAUGCACAUCAAACAAACGGAACAGCAGAGCGUGCCAUUAGGACUAUUGUCACGAUCGGCCGCAGCAUGCUUCAUCAUGCCAAACUGGACAAGUGUUUCUGGGCCGAAGCAGCGAUGACGGCCAUCUACGUCAAGAAUCGACUGCCGUCACCUAAAGUCGUGCACAAGACCCCGUUUGAGAUCGUCUACAACUUGAAACCAAGCGUCAAGCACAUGCGAACAUUCGGGUGUCAGGCACACAUACUGACGCCUAAAGAGAAUCGACUCAAGUGGGAUCCAAAGGCUCGCGCUGGCAUAUUCGUGGGCUACGAAGAAGUUUCGAAGGCAUAUCGUGUUUAUGACAUCGAGGCGGGGCAGGUGGUUAUCAGCCGCGAUGUCAACUUCGACGAGUCCACCUUUGGACUUCAACUGCCGAUCACUGAUGAAGAUGUCGAUGACCUGGACUUCGAAUUGCUGGAUCUUGAUGACGAAGAGCUGCGUCAAAUGGAGUACAAGCAAACAGGCAAGCGCAAGAACCGACUCAAUGAUGAAGAUACAGCAGCUCCACGACCGCGUGCAGUGCGUCAACGACCAGGACUAGAAGAGUCAAGCGCGCCGGAAAACAACUCGUCACGCCAAGAAGAAGACGAAGAAACGAAGGAUUCUGGUGAUUCAACACCGCCUGUGUUUUGCGUGCGAGUGCAAAGCUGUUGA